UUGUCGCGUUUUUUUAAAUCAGGGUCACGAAUUUUUAUAGACAUUACGCGCUUGAGUUCUGUGAUGAAAGUACGUAUUUUUUCGAAAACGAAGUAAAACGAUGAGUGUAGUGCUGUUAUCUAUUACUGUUCCGCGAUCUUUCCGAUCGUUGCUCCAUGUUGUCGGUCCUGCCGGGUAGGAAAACGAAAACGUCGAGACGCGGUGCGCAAGGCAAGGGUCGGUUUUCGCGUACGUAUGUCAGUGUGAAGGGCCGUUCCGUCGAUGACGAAGUAUGACCGUCUGGGAGAGGCUGCGUAAUCCGUGCGGCUGGCGCGCGGGUGCCAAACAAAUCUCCGUGGACGCGAUGCUGCCGCUGCUGGUGGUGCCGAUUCUGGCGGUGAUCGCCGCCCAGGCCGUCCUCUGCACGACCGUCGUCUUCCUGGCGACGCCGAUCCUCGUUUACUAUCUACACCACAAUUUCCUCAGGUUCCUGCUGCGCACCAAGUUCUUCCUCAUGUGGACGAUCACGAGCGUGUUGAUGCUGAUGCUGGUGUUCGAACUGAGCGUCGUGCCGCUACUGGAGAUCCUGCCCGAGGAAAAUCUCUUGUUCAUGGUGUGCGUGGUCGGUGGCAUAUGGUGCGGCUACAGAGCCAAACUAAACGCGGACUAUGCGGCGCAGGAAGGCGCCGUCACCGUGCAGGGCCUGGAGCUGGGUGAGGGCAGCGGUGAGCUCUGCGCUACAUGCAGAAGAAGAGCACCGCCCAAAGCCCAUCACUGCCGCUUGUGCCAGACCUGUAUACUUAAUAGGGAAUAUCAUUGUAAAUGGUUGGAUUGCUGUAUAGGUUCCAACAAUUUAAGAUGGUACUUAGGUUGUUUAUUCUUUUCUGCGAUAGCUUUCAUCUAUGGUUCCAAUUUGACUAUGACCAGUGUUUGUCAUCCAUUUAUACUCAUCGGAACCAUACUUCUACCAGAUGACUGCAGUGAUGUAUAUCAUCAAUUAGACAUCGCCCUUUGCUUCGUCUCUGCACUCUACAGCCUCCUUGUUGGCCUAGUGCUCUUUUGUUAUCUCGUGUAUCAUCUAUGGCUGCUUUCUCUCGGCACAACGUCGAAUGAACGACGAUUAGAUGCGGGAAGUCAGUACGAUCAUGGAAUUUUAAAGAAUGUAUCUCGAUUAUUUUGCUGCAAAACUUAAAGAUAUUUGUAAGUCAGGUAACUUUUUGAAUAUAUUUUGCACAGUGUAUGUAUUAUAUUCUAUACAAAAGAUGUAAUGAAAUCAAGUUCAACAAACUAGAGAAAAAUAAGGCUAAAAAAUCUGUCAUGGCGCUAAGUCAUUCGUCGAUGUUGAUACAUUCAUGUAAAAUAGAGGAUCGGAAUACAGUCAUUCAUAUCGGUUCAAUCGCACAAUUCAUCUAUUUAUUAAUAUAUUCUAAUAUUUACAUCUUUGCAACAAUUCAUAACUGAUGCGAAGUACAAUAUGUAUAUUCCUGUUGUAUAUGUAAGAUCAUUUCUGACAUAUCAUGAAGCACCAAUUCUCAUGAGACUCAUCAUUAUUCUUAAUGUAUGAAUGCGCAUAUGUAUAUUUAUUGUAACUGUGAUAAA